UCCACCCGCCCCGGCGCUGGGCUCUGACGUCACCCCUGCGCCGUGCUCCGCAGAAACAGGAAGUGGGAUCAAAACAAAGGAGCGGCGGCCGGGAACGGACCUCCCUCUUACCGCGUCCCUUCCGCGCGCGUCUGAGCCCUGGCCACCGACCCGGGGGAACUGUCUGACCAUGUCCAACAUGGAGAAACACCUGUUCAACCUGAAGUUCGCGGCCAAAGAGCUGAGCCGGAGUGCCAAAAAAUGCGAUAAGGAGGAAAAGGCCGAAAAGGCCAAAAUUAAAAAGGCCAUUCAGAAGGGCAACAUGGAAGUUGCCAGGAUACACGCCGAAAAUGCCAUCCGCCAAAAGAACCAAGCAGUGAAUUUCUUGAGAAUGAGUGCACGGGUUGACGCGGUGGCUGCCAGAGUCCAGACGGCGGUGACGAUGGGCAAGGUGACCAAGUCGAUGGCCGGUGUAGUGAAGUCAAUGGACGCGACGUUGAAGACCAUGAAUCUGGAGAAAAUUUCUGCCUUGAUGGACAAAUUCGAACACCAGUUUGAGACGCUGGAUGUCCAGACGCAGCAGAUGGAAGACACGAUGAGCAGCACGACGACGCUGACCACUCCCCAGAACCAAGUUGAUAUGCUGCUCCAGGAAAUGGCAGACGAGGCCGGCCUCGACCUCAACAUGGAGCUGCCGCAGGGGCAGACCGGCUCCGUGGGCACGAGUGUGGCGUCAGCCGAGCAGGAUGAACUAUCGCAGAGACUGGCCCGCCUGCGGGAUCAAGUGUGAUGACGAAACCUACCCUGAGGUUUUCUGGCCAUCUCCACCUUCUGAAAUGCUCUGUGGAUAUUAGGGGAAUACUAUAUACACUAGAAACUCUGAAGAUGCCAGAAAGCUGAAAUGCUUCUACUUGGGUUUACAGUGCGCUCCAGAUACAUUAAGAAAUUCUGGGAGUUCUCCACUCCUACCUGUAUUUUAAAGUUCUGUAUAGCUUGUGAUGGUGUGUAUUUUUAUAACUGCCUUUUAACAGAACUAGCUGAAUUGGUGUAUGUGAGUCUUUCAAAAAAUGGUCAAAACUCUCGUUCUCCUGUAUUCAGUUUUCUGCCUGAAUUAGCGAACUUGAAGUGUUUUAUUUUUUAAUGUGUAACUAAUGAUACAUAGAAUUGCCAAGUAGAACAUAAAAAUUAAAAGGAGGGAAAUGAUUGUUUAGUUUGAUUACAGGACUGUGAACUCUCCGUUCAGCUUAUUUAAUGGACAGUUCUGUUUCUUUUGACAUCAAGUUGACUUAAUCUGUUGUAAUUUUGGUAAAAUUACCUUAGGACAGACAUUUUUCAGUAGUGCUUACUGUUUACAUUCUGUAAAUUUUUGUGGUGGUUUUCUUUUUAUAGCUGGAAAAAUGCCACACGGGUUCCAUUUGUUUUAAGGAAAAAUUGUUUGCUUACAUAAAGAGCUUUUUAAAAGAAAGGAUUUAACAUGACAAUUUCUUUCAAGUGACCUCUAACAUAUUUCUAAUUACUGUCUUAUUUCAACACUUUAGACUGCCUGUCAAGUGUGCUUGUUAGCAUGGCAGUCACAUUACUCAUUCCAACACUACCAAAGAACUGUUGAUUGGUUUGAGAAAAGCCUGGCACUGUGUUGUAGCUUUUGUUAAGAUUUUAGCAGCCAAAAAUAGAAAUAAAAUUAGGACUGUAUUUUAAGUUCAGAUAUUUGCAUGUAUUAUUUUGUGUUAAAGCAACAAGUCUUAAAAAAUACUGGGAUUAUAAUUGGAAUCCCUCAUGUAGCCAUGAAAAUAAUGAUUACAAAUGGACCAGCUGGAAUUCUGGGAAGAAGGAUGUAGGUAGGAUUAGAAAGCAGGUGUGACCCUCUGAGGCAAGAGCCCCACUCUGUUGCCUUCCAUUUUUUUUUAAACAGCAAGCGAAAAAGUAUAACCACCACUUUUUUGUAUCCUCAAGACAUGGAGAACAGAGACUUGGCUUUUGCCUUUGCAAGUAUAUUGUCUAAGUUAAAUACUUAAGGAAUUUUUAAAAUUCUCCUUUUUCAUUUUACUGAAAAUUUCUCAGAGAGUUCCAGUAUUUCAGAAAACAACUAUAGGGGUUCUCCCAAGCCCUCUGAAAGAUUCAUAACCAAGUUUCACUGUUUCAUGUUUUCCAAGUGCGAAUGAGUUUGGUUAAAAAAUGAACAGGUGUCAGGCAAUGAGGACUCAUUUCACAUUAAGUGUUCUUUUAUAUGACUGGAUGUUGUUUCAGCAUCUUCUGUCUGUAAAGGACACCCAGCAUCUUUCUCAGACUUGUCUGCUCUCCUCCACAUGAUUGCACAGAGACAGCUGUGUGAACACAGCAGGAGUUGUGAUUCCCCCUUUUAGAGUGAAAACAACAGUUACAACUUAAAAGAUAGCUUAGUGUUGGAGCCUUUGGCAAAUCAAAGACCCUUUUAUAGUGCAAACAGUCCUAACAAAAGUAAUAUAUUUUGUGAGAUUAAACAAUGCUUGUAUAUGCUUGAAUUUUCUUAAGAUCUAUUCAUUUCAAAUUAAUAUGAAUGUACAUUUUAUGAACCAUAAAUAUUAUUUUCAGAAGCAUACCAGGCCCAUGAAUUAUUUCCUCACUAUUGCAGUUGAUGAAAUGCUGAAAUGUAAAGCAUAGAAGUUUGUCAAAUAAAUCAUUUAAAACUA